AUGGCCGAGAAUGAGAAUGCCUCCGAUUCUUCCACAAUUGCUCGAUGGAUCCAAAGCCUCAGACUCUCUCUCGGAAAGACAAGAAUAAUACCCAUCCCACGAUGGAUCUCUCCUCAAUACAGCACUUAUACACUCUCGGAAGCCUUUGGUCACUCUUCUUUUAUACUGGUGGCAUUGUCCUAUGCUGUGGAAGACUUUAUGCACCUUCGUUUGAUUGCCAUUGCUGGUUCCUCGGCCAUGUUGGUAUUCACCUACUUUCAUCCUCACGGACGGAUAUUGUGGCUUCCCUUCAAGUGGAAUGCCCUCUUUAUUCUCAUCAAUUCCUAUCGAGUCCUGAAGGUAUACACGGAUCGAUUCUUUGCGGGUCAAAUGGACGACUUGAUGAUGUACAUGCACGACCAUCAUUUUUACGUCAUGGAUCUGAUUGAUUUUGCAGAACUGAUCAAUGCUGGACAACGACAAACUUUUAAAAGUGGGGAUGUCUUGGUCAAACAGGGAGAAAACAAUCGCUUUGUCCGAUUGGUUUUACAGGGAGAUUUGGACGUCCAACGGGAUGGGAUCACCACCUACUUGAUGCACCAGGGGAACUUUAUUUCCGAAUCUGGCUUGCACGCAGGGUUGCUGCUGCGUGGAAAUGUCAAUUCGUGCUGUUCGGUCAUUGCCAUGAGCGAUGACGUCCAAGUCAUUAGCUGGGACCGAACGGAACUCAUGUACUUGAUGGAGUCCAACAAGAACAUUCUUCGGGCCCUGAAAGCAGUCAUGUCCUGGGACAUUGUGUCCAAGCUAAAGUCACAACGGUCCCUCCUUGCAAAUGGUCAGGUCAAAGAUCCCGAAGAAUGGACCAACAAGCGGAGGGAACAAACGGUCCAUCGCUACAAGGGAAUCUUGAAGAACGUCUUGGCGCAUCCAGCCUAUCUCAACAAACGCAAGGAGGAGUUGAUGAAAUAUCGAGACAUUCAUCACAUUGAAGAAGCGGAACACGUACAUGCCUUAAAAGAAACGGGAUGGACGUUGGCCGAAUUUGAUGCUGGCAAAAAGGAAGGGCAGUUUGACGAGGAUUUGUCAGAACCUCAUCCUCAUGACUGGAAGGCCUACUUUUAUCAAUUGUAUGAACGGUUGCUUCAAUAG